AUGGAAAUGAAAAUGGAAGUAGACAGUGAAAACAGAGAAGAAAACAAACAACAGAAGGAUCUAUUCAAAGCAGCUGAACAAGGAGAUUCUUCAAUCUUCGAAUCACUAUCCCCUCAAUCACUCUCCAAAUCACUCUCUCUAAAAAACGAAGACGCUCGCUCUCUUCUCCAUGUCGCCGCUUCUUCUGGACACUCCAAGGUGGUGAAGAUAUUAUUGUCUUCUGAUGCAUCGGCUGAGGUGAUAAAUAGCGGUGAUGAAGAAGGGUGGGCACCGCUUCAUUCUGCCGCCAGCAUUGGGAAUUUGGACAUUGUGGAGGCUUUGUUGAACAAAGGAGCUGAUGUUAAUGUAAAAAACAAUGGGGGACGCACUGCCUUACACUAUGCAGCCAGCAAAGGUCGGAUGAACAUUGCUGAAAUACUCAUCUCUCAUAAUGCCAAGAUUAAUAUAAAGGACAAGGUUGGUUGCACUCCGUUGCAUCGGGCAGCUAGCACUGGGAAUUCUGAGUUGUGUGAAUAUUUGAUUGAAGAAGGAGCAGAUGUUGAUGCUGUUGAUAGAGCUGGUCAAACUCCUCUAAUGAAUGCCGUGGUUUGUUAUAACAAAGAGGUAGCUCUCCUUCUGAUAAGGCAUGGAGCAGAUGUGGAUGUAGAGGACAAAGAAGGGUACACAGUGCUUGGUCGAGCUGCCGAUGAUUUUAGAGCAAUAUUAAUUGACGCUGCGAAGACCAUGCUUGAGUGA